AUGUCAUCCUCUGUUCACUUCAAGUUCAAAUCUCAAAAAGAGCCUUCGCGGGUAACAUUUGAUGGCACCGGUAUCUCUGUCUUCGAAUUGAAACGAGAAAUUAUCAAUCAGAGUAGGCUGGGCGAUGGAUCUGACUUCGAAUUAUCAAUUUAUAACGAAGACACUGGAGAGGAGUACGAUGAUGACACGACAAUCAUUCCUCGUUCGACUUCCGUGACAGCUCGAAGGCUUCCUGCCGCGCGACCCGGAAAGGGUGGGGCUGCUCGUUAUGUAUCUGGAAAAAUGCCUGUUAAUGCACGCAGUGCGCCGCGGAACGACCAGUUUGUAUCAAGCCGGGCAACUCCAGGUGCCAGCCAGACAGUCAAUACCAGCGUCUUGGAACUCAAUAAUGCGCAAACGGAAGACGAAAAGAUCAAUGCGCUUUUCAACUUGCAAGCCAAUCAAUGGAAGGAACAGCAGCAGGAAAUGGCCAAUGCUACGCCUGUCCCUUUUGGUCGUGGAAGAGGAAAACCUGUGAAUGUCCCUGAUCACCCUCCACCUCCAGGGUACCUUUGCUACCGUUGCCGUGAGAAAGGUCAUUGGAUACAAGCAUGUCCCACGAAUAAUGACCCGAAAUAUGAUGGCAAGUAUAGAGUAAAGCGUUCAACCGGAAUACCUCGUUCUCUCCAGACCAAAGUUGAGAAACCGGAAUCUCUCACGGUGGACGGUUCGAAUGAAGAUUUGAAGAAUACAGGCGUUAUGGUCAAUGCCGAUGGUGAUUUUGUCAUUGCAAAGCCUGACAAAGCAGCUUGGGAAUUGUAUCAGGAGAAAGCUAAAGCGUCAGCGGCAGCAGCAGCUGAAGCAGCGGCAGCAGAGUACAGUAAAGAACUACAAACUCGUGGGCUGGAGUGUCCGAUUGAUAAACGUAUGUUUCUGGAACCAACGAGGACGCCAUGCUGCCAGAAAACAUACUGCAAUGAUUGCAUCACAAACGCUUUGAUUGAAAGCGACUUUGUCUGCCCCAAUUGUGCAACAGAAGGCGUUCUGCUCGACAACCUUUCCUUGGACCAUGAAGCCGUUUCCAAGAUCAAAGCAUAUGAGGCUGAACGUGCGGAUUCGAAGAAGGAAAAAGAAAAGCAGCAAAUAGUCCAGGAAGGAAAAACUGUUAAUAAGGAGGACCAAGGGAAAGAAUCGAUUGCAGGGUCAUUGUCUCCUGUUCCCAUUGGUGAAACUACGCAAGGGCAGUCCAAAAAAAGACCUGCAGAAGAUCAGGGUAGCCGAGCGGAAUCCGGAGAUUCAAAUCAAAGUUCGUCGAAGAAACAAAAAUCUGAUUACAGCACAAGUCCCCCGGUGCCGCAAAAUGUACAAAACAACGAGUCUCAAGCUAGCUUCCCUUCGCUCCCUUUCAAUCAACAGAUGCCUUUCGGCAAUUUCGGAUUUGCGCAAGGUUCAGGCAUGCCGGCAAUGCCCUUUCCAGAUCCAGGAUUUGCCAAUGAUGGAAUGGCAUUUAUGAACCCUAUGGGCGGUUUCUCCAAUAACAUGGAUAUGGCUUGGAACCCCAUGAAUGCCAUGAAUUUUAAUUUACUUCAGGGUGGUAUGUAUGGCGACCAGGUUAGCCAUGGCCUCGGGGCAUCCAAUAUGUACAAUGGUACUGGAGAGCAGACUAUGCCCAUGUUUCCUAUGAGUCAAAUGACAGGUCCAAUGCAACAAAAUCGAGGAUUUCAGCAGGGACCAGGAAUGGGCCCCUUUCUCAACCAACAACGAACGAGCUUCAGUACGCCUUAUGCCAGGGAAGAAGAUACGGCAUAUUUCCGUCAACCAGUCAACCCACAACGGCACCAGGCAAGGCAUCGGAGAAUCAGGCCGAGUGAUUACCGGGAACUCUAA